AAAACAAACAAAAAAAAAAAAAAAAAACAGACCUUAAUUACCGUAAACGUGUAUUACCAAAAACAUGAGAUUUAUCAAACUCAAGUCUCGCAGGCGAUUUGAUGUUGUUCAGGAGGGUCAUAGGAGGCUCCCCUCUUCCUUGGCCAACUGACCUUCUGAAACAUAGUCAUCAGUAAUGUAACACUGAUUGGAAAUAAAGAAAAUGCCUCGAACGAAACAGAAUAAUCCGAAAAACCUGAAAGAUAAAAUUGAAGAAGCACAAAAAGAACUUAAUGAGCCAGAAGACGCUGAAAAAGGUAUCAAUGAGUGUGGCAGAAGAAUUACAGAAACCAUAAAAGGUGUAAAACGAAAAAAAGUGGUUUCUGAAAAUCAAAUAAAGAAAAUCCUCAAGUCACCUGUAAAGAAACCUCAGCAGUCAAAGAUUUGUACACCAACAGCAUCUAAACUUAAAGUAAAGGCAGACACACCCUCAGCUUUGUUUCCUGACCCAUUGAAUCAGUUAUGCAGUUCACCUGCACAAAAUGGAGACCCACAAAAUGAAAAAUCUCCAGUGCAAGAUAUCUUUCACAAGAAAAGAGUGAACACUGAGUCCAUUGUGGAAACAACAGAUUGUGAAAGGGCAAUGCAGGCAGAGACCCCUAUGGUGCAGAAGCAGUCAAUUGAUCUGUGUAUUGGGAAAGUAGAAGACUGUCAAAAUGGUAACAUAUUACAAUGGGUAGUAGCUGAUAAAACGUCACAAGAACAGUCAAAUUGCCCAACUGCCACCACGUCAUUGUCAAAUGAAAACUGGAACUUUAAUCCUGCAGGCAGCACAUGCAUUUCAAACAGUGCGUCUUCUUCAAAUGCUAGUGCUUCAUUUGAAGUCUUGUUGAAAGCAAUGGAGCCAGAUCUGAGCUCUUUGACAAAGAAGAAAUAUUAUGCUUCUCGUGCCCAUGUAGGAAAACCAGGACUAAAUGAUGAGAAACAAUCCUCAGGACAAAAUGCUGGAAUAUCAGACAGCAAUUUAAGGGUUCGAAAUCAGUCUUCAGUGUCACAGCUAGAGUUUGUGUCUGGGUCCCAUUAUUAUCCCGGUAUUUUACAGACAGUACAGUUGCCUUCAGCAAAAAAUGAGCAAGCACAUAAUCAAAUUGCAUCUCAUUUACAGUAUCGGCAUGUUUCAACUGGGCAACAAAAUUCACAGCAAACUGCUCACUUUGUAAGAGCAAGUGGCCACCAACAUGACCAAGAAAAACAUUGCCUGCGGCAACCUUAUAGUGUGGCAGAUAUAUCUUCACUUACUCAAGUUCCUAAUUCUUCAAGCCCUGAGGAUCUUCGCCAGAGUCAGCCCAUGGUUCAUACUUGUCAGUCAGUGUCUGCCAGUGUGCCCAGUUCUAUACAAGUUCCUGUAACUCCUGGGUAUAAUCCAAUACCACUUGCCACAGUUAUAAAUCACGUUGUAGAUCAGAUGUCCAGUAUUCCUGUUAGAGACCAGAAACCUAAAAAGCAAGGAAAAUACGUUUGUGAAUAUUGCAACCGGGCUUGUGCUAAACCCAGUGUCCUCCUAAAGCACAUCCGGUCCCACACAGGGGAACGGCCCUAUCCUUGUGUCACAUGUGGAUUUUCUUUUAAGACUAAAAGCAAUUUGUACAAGCACAAAAAAUCCCAUGCCCAUGCUAUCAAGCUAGGUCUGGUGUUACGUCCAGAUUCUAGCAGUGGGACUCUAUCACAAGAUUCUGACAAAGCACUUAGUAUUCACUCAGAUGUGGAUGAAAGCGGUGAAAGUGAGGAGGAAAGCACACCUGAUGAAAGACACUUAGAAUCGGAAUCAACGCAAAGUAGUAUUAUGUCACUUUCUGAGAACAGUUUACAAAAAACAGCCCCCAUCCCACCCGGUCAAGUGGAUGAAACCUUGGUUGUUUAUGAGUCAGCAGAAUCUGAAAUAGAUCAGAAGUCAUCUGAACCAAAAGUAACUGCUGCUUUGCCAAAAGUGGUAGUUUACCCUGUAAAUGUAUCCCCACUGAGGGCCGACAGUCCAAGAGUAACAGACUCUACCCCUGAGCUAGCCACAGCACAGAGGCAAAGGGAAUUCCAAACGGCAAGUAUAAGGUCAAGCUUAUCGGUGAUGUCUUCGUUAAUAGAGGUUGAUAACACAAACCUGUCCCAGGAUGACAUAAGUGAUAUUGAGGAGAGGCACAGUAAAUCUCCUGGAAGUGGGCAUGCACAGUUACAAAGGCAACAGGCAACAGACUUUUCACAACAGCAGCAAGGCAAAUGCCUUUUAAGUCCAAGGAGCUUAGGCAGCACAGAUUCUGGUUACUUUUCAAGGUCAGAAAGUGCAGAUCAAACCAUAAGUCCUAGUCCUUUUGUUAAAUUAAUACCUCCAGCUGAAAUAGAUAUAAAUAAAAACAUCUUGACUUGUCCAUCUCACACCACCCAAGUCAUGGCAUCAGUAGUUCAGUCUAACUACACAGAGAAAACAUCUGCUCCAUCUGGCCAGAUGCGUCCACCAAUGGAAACAAAGUCACUUGAAGAGCGAAUCUCAAAAUUAAUUUCAGAUAAUGAAGCAGUGGUUGAUGACAAACAGCUGGACAGUGUCAAACCAAGAAGGACAUCUCUUUCAAGAAGAGGGAGCAUAGACUCUCCAAAAUCUUAUAUAUUCAAAGACUCUUUCCAGUUUGAUUUAAAACCUAUUGGUAGAAGGACAAGCUCAAGCUCUGAUAUACCAAAGUCCCCUUUCACGCCCACAGAUAAGUCAAAGCCAGUGUUCCUUUUGUCUGUCCCUUCCCAGUAUCUAUCUAUGGACAAUUUGCCAAUAACUAGAAGUAAUUCUAUGCCUGCAACACCUGGUUACUCAACUUUCCCCCCUAAUGUAGCACCCCCACCUCAUCCACUGCGAGGUAGUCAGUCAUUUGAUGACAAAAUAGGGUAUGUUUUUGAUGAUGUCUUUGUAUCUGGUCCUCCCACCCCGCUUCAGGCAGUCCAUCCCCGUACACUUGUGAGACAGACAGCUGUUGAGGAUUCUUCAACCAGUGAUGGUCACAGUCUUGCCUCAACACGUUCUGUGGAUGAAAGCUACCAUGGGUCCAUCUUGACCACAGAAAUAAUGCGAAGAAGUAAAUCAUGUGAACAAGGAUCACCUCCAGAGAAGAAUAAAAAAUCACAGCUAGGCAGAGGGACAAUGUAUGAAUGUGAAACUUGCCGAAACCGAUACCGAAAGCUGGAGAACUUUGAAAAUCACAAAAAGUUCUACUGUUCAGAAUUGCACGGACCAAAAAGCAAAGCUUUAGCUGUGCGAGAGCUGGAGCAGGAUAUGUUACCGCGCAGUACACAGCCCCAAAUCUUUCAUUACAGAGUUACACCGGCUACAGAUGUUGUGGAGCAAACACCAUUGAUAAGAAAGAGAAGAAAAAUGAAAAGUGUUGGAGAUGACGAUGAACCUUCGCCAACUGAAAGGAGUGCUCCAUUUUCUUCCAGCUUUGAUUCUGUGUCAACCCAGCUGUCCCAAGAAAUGUGUAGUAGGAUUUUUGGUAAGAAUGCUGCUAUUAUGGGAGAAUUACAGCCCACCACCAUUCCAGGGCAAGGUUCUCACAUGCCACUAGUUGCAAGAAGUACAGAGGCUGUAGAUUCAAGAUUGUCUCCCAUCAGAGAAACUUCUAAAGAGAGAGGAGACUUCAAAAGACAGGGCAGCGGUAUAUCUGUGAUUCAGCAUACAAACUCAUUAAGCAGGCCCAGUUCGUUUGAUAAAUCAGAGUCUUUUGAGAACUUUUCUCCUGCUAAUUUACAAGACAAGGAAAUUCAAUUUAUAACCAAACAACUGUCUAUAACAACAGUGAAUGCUAAUCAAGAGAAAAGCCAACAGACAGCUUUACUAGAAAAGCCUCUGCUUGACCAGCAGAAUGAUGAAACAACAGUUCCUGGGGAAAGCACCAUUCCUGUACAUCAAUCAAGACUAGUUCGCCAACACAACAUUCAAGUUCCUGAAAUUCUGGUCACCGAAGAGCCAGACAGGGAGCAAGAAAGCCAAGCAGCAGAACAAGAAAAGCCAUUGGAAACAUUUAACUGGCCCCAGCGUAGUGAAAGUCUGUCUAAACUGCCAACAGAAAAACUCCCUCCAAAGAAAAAAAGAAUUCGGUUAGCUGAAAUGGAAAACUCAUCUGCAGACUCAAGCCUUGAAUCUUCAUUGUCCAGAAGCCUUAGUCGGGAAAGUAGCUUAUCACACUGUUCUAGCAUAUCUGCUUCUUUUGAUAGGGAUGAGGUGCCAAGAGCCGAGAGUCCUUUGAAGGCAGACUGUAUAGGCAAAUCCUCUGAGUUUCAUGUGCUGCCAGUGGCUUCCAAUACCUUGGGUGUUCCUAGUUCACACUUAAGAGAAAUGAGAAGGGCUGCAUCUGAGCAAAUCAGUUGCACUCAAUCUUCUGUUGAGGUUACCACAGAAUAUCGCAGUAAGUCAUUUGAUUGUGGAAGCAUUUCACCCACAAGAUCGAUAUCCCCUAUGGGAGGAGCUUCUCCAGUAGUAGUAGGAGUUCAGGUGCCUCUUAUAGAAAGGAGAAGAGGUCCUCUUGUUCGGCAGAUGUCUUUAAAUAUUGGUCCUGAAAGCCAACAGUCUCAUGGCAAGCUUCCAGUGUCCUUUAAGCAGGGUCCUACAGUCAGCUUGGCUGCAGUAUCACAUCAGAGGUCUCAGGCUGCUUGUAGGUCUUUGGUGUCAACUCUAAUUCCACAACAUUCGAUACGAGAACCUGUUCAGAACAAGAGUGAGCACUUUGUUCAGAGUGUUAAUUUGGGCAGUCAAAUACAUGUGCAGCAGCCCCCAGUUCAUGGGCUUCCACAUCCUUGGCAGUACAUUUCCACUGGUCAUAAUACUCUUUGGUCACAACAUUCAUCAGUCUCACAAACUGCAGACCAGAGAGAAAUACAGAAACCUUCUGUCCAAACUUCUGAUUCAAAGCAAAAUAAAACCUAUACUCCUAAGUAUCAGUUGCAUGUAGCUCAUCUAAAAACUAGUCAAAUGUACAUGCUACCAACUACACAAGUUUCAUGCAGUACCUUGCCUAUAAUUAAUAUUCAAGUUUCAAAUGAAGUAAACAGUAAGUAUAGACCACCAGAAGAAAUAUCAAGUUUAUAUUUGAUGUCCCAGGUUCACAAAAUAAUUACCAGGUCAAAACCAAAUGAUCAGACGAACCAAUCUCCUGGAACUGCCCCUGUACAUAACACCGAUACUGACAUAAGUAAAAUGUCACAAGUUCACAAAGACAAACUGCAGACUUUAAUUCAUUCUCAAGAAAAAUGCCUCUCUGUUCCAGGGAUUCAAAAAAACAUAAAUGACACUGGAAACUCUUCUGUAUUAGGUUCCUUGCAGUUUGUUCAGAAAAUGUCAUCUGUGGGUCUUUUUCCACAACAGGAACCUACUGCUUCAAGUAAACGAAUGCUUUCUCCUGCCAAUAGUUUAGAUAUUGCUAUGGAAAAGCACCAGAAACGAGCUAAGGAUGAACAUGGAGCAGCCUGUACCACUGAAGGUAGAUCUUUGAAUUUCCAAAACACAAGAGCUGCAGAGGUAACUAGACAAAGGAAACUUAUGCUGGUUAGACAGAUGUGCACAACAGAACCAGCAGAAAACCUAUUAUCAGACCAGGAAAUUGUCCCACAACAUCAAGGGAAACCUCAUCAAGACAAAAUGCCUUCUGAAACAUCAGAGAAUGAAACAGUUUCUCCUUCAUCAAACUCUCUUACAAGGAUUUCACCUGGGCCAUCGGUUUCUGUACAGCUAGUGAAUUCAGAUUUGAAAACGUUAGGCAAAGGUCAAGAGAGAAGGUCUCCUGUGAGUACUCAAUUCAAACCAGUUGGCUUUCAAGGUCAAGUAAAACUAGCCUCAUUUGUUUCAGUGGUGAACACAAGAGAUAGCCAUCGUUUGUCAUUUCCAAGCCUGAAGACAGCAACAAGUUUCACAUGGUGUUUUCUGAUGAAAAGAAAGCCUCUGCAUGUGCUGCAAGCUGACCAGAGGGUUUCUGCUUAUUCCACAUGGGCCAUUAGUGCAAACAAUCCAAAUCCUCUUGGACUGCCAACAAAAGUUGCUCUGUCUCUUUUUGAUUCCAAACAGAAGGUAAAGAAGAUACACUACACUCAAGCAAUAACUACAACUUCUAAGUUUGACAUCUUGGCUUACUCCAGCAAGUUGAAAAAUAGCUUGCCCAAGGUCUUGAGCCCUCAAAAAACAUUUACAAAGGAAAACAGCAGCAAUGAUAAGGUUGAAAAUCGGCAAACUAAUGAACCAGACAAGGAACAGUCAUCAACAAAAAGUGAACCAGCACGAGUCAGAAUCUUUGAUGGAGGGUAUAAGUCCAAUGAAGAGUAUGUGUAUGUCCGAGGCAGAGGAAGGGGAAAGUACAUCUGUGAAGAGUGUGGGAUACGGUGUAAGAAACCCAGUAUGCUGAGGAAGCACAUUCGAACGCACACUGAUGUUCGGCCAUAUCACUGCAACUAUUGUAACUUUUCCUUCAAAACGAAAGGUAACUUGACGAAGCAUAUGAAAUCCAAGGCACAUAGCAAGAAAUGUAUGGAUAUGGGUGUCUCCGUGGGCCUGAUAGAAGAUCAAGAUGCAGAUGAAUCAGGUGAUAGAGGGAGGUAUGGAUAUGAGAGACAAGGCUCAGACGCAGAAGACUCGGAAGGUCCAGAUGACGAUGACAAUGACAAUGAAGAGGAGGAUGAAGAAGACAGCCAGGCAGAAUCUGUACUGUCUACUACCCCAUCUGUCACAGCAAGCCCACAGCACCACCCCACAGGGAGCACCUACAGCGAAUCCUUGAGCUACACCAGUGCUGAGGAGGAGUUCAGGAUUACAAGGGAUUCGGCAAGGCUGGAGACGGCUCUACUAGAAACUCUGCCCAAAGCAUUACUGACCCAAAUGACAGUUUCAAGUGCCACGUCAAACAGUCCAGCAGAUAGUUUAUUAUCUGAGAUCCAGGAGACCAGUACUUACGGUACAGCUGGAACAGAAACAGAAGGCCUGUUGGUAACGAGUCCCAAGUCUCCCUGCCGUCAGAUGUCAAUAGAUUACCCCGAGCCUGAUGAAAUCCUGAUGCCUUCUGCAUUAAGUAAAGUUAAAGAACAGCCAAAGGUGCCUGUUAGCCAGUCUUUUGCAUCAAGUGAAGUUGGUUUGCCUGUUGAUCGCAGCACACAGACAACAUUGCUGCCUGCCUCAGUCUACACUUCACAUUUGUCAGAGUACCAGCCACAGCUGCAGCAGCAGUUCCUCCCCCAGACUCAAAUUCAAUCUGCAUCCCAUCAGACGCACUUGUUUAGCCACCUUCCCAUGCACUCCCAGCAGCCAGCCAGAAUACCCUACAGCAUGAUUCCAGUUGGGGGAAUCCAAUUGGUGCCUGCGGGCUUGGCAGCCUACUCCACUUUUGUACCUAUCCAGGCAGGGCCAGUACAGCUCACCAUUCCUGCUGUGAGUGUCAUUCACAGAACAGCAAGUCCACAUGGUGAGAAGACCCCAGAAGGAAGACCCAGCACUACAAACACAAUGGGUGUGGCAGAACAUGUGAAUAGAGUCCUGCCUUGUAUACCUAUUGGCCAGGUCAAUGUCUCUGGCUUACAAACACUCAGCACUCAAAGCCUGCAGCCUCUUCCAGCACUGGGCCUGGAGGCAGUCAACAUUUUGGGGCUUACAAACUCAAAUAUUGCCCCCCAAAUGCACCCUCAAGGCCUCACUUUAAAUGCUUUAGGACUUCAGAUGCUGGCUGCAAACCCAUCAACUCAAAGCAGCCCCAGUCCACAGCCACAUAUACCUGGUUUGCAGAUACUGAACAUAACAUUACCCACUCUGAUUCCAUCGGUUAGUCCAAUAAUUGCAGAAAGCCAAGGAUGGCCAGAAAAUCCAACAGCAAAAGUUGGUGAGGGAAGGCCUGAGCAGACACCUGUCCAUCUUCCAGUAUCUGUUACCAUCAGUCCUGUAGGCUGUACAAUAACUCAACAAAUAUCACCCAAUGUGCAGUUGAAGGCUUCAGAUCCUGUGAUUUCUGGUAGACUGAACUGGCAGACAGAUUGCAGAGACCAAGCAGAUAGUGUUCCACGGAUUGAAGUCGCAUCGCAACCUAAGGCUGGUCAAAAACCCACGUCUGUUCAUAGUACCAAAAACUCUCCCAUUGAGCACUUUGUAAAGAGGAGUGAAGACGACAUUUCGAAGCAGCAGGCUUCAACAUCAUGCUCAUAUGACCCAUCUCAGAAACGCUUAGGAGCAUCGCGACAUCGGAACACGGUUCAGUACAGCGAUAUGUCCAGUGAUGAUGAGGACAGACUUAUAAUAGAGACCUGAUCCCUUGACUAAACUUUUUUUUUUAAAUUCGUCACUUUGUGAAAUUGAAAACACUUUGAGGUUUGUAUCCAUGCAAACCAUCCUUUCCUUGAAGCACAUUUACUGCAAUGUCAUAUUGUAUGUGCAAUCAUAAAUGACGACCAAUCUGUACUGUCUUUAUUUUUCUUGUCAGCCCCAGCCAUUUUUUUUUUUUUUUUUUUUUGAACAUAUUGUAUAGACAAUUGUGCCUUUUUGGAGUUUCUUGUUUAGGAACCUGUAAAUAAUAUAGAGGAUAUAAAUCAAGUAGUUGCUUGUUUAUUACAAAAAAAAAAAAAAAAAAAACAUAGAUUUAUUUUAAAAAGUGUUACGUCAAACAUAAAUAUAUCAAAAGAAAGUAUAUAUGUUGCACUGAAAAUGUAAAUUUUGAUGACUUUGGGGACAAUGUUUGUGUACAGAUGUAGUAUGUAAAACUAUUUAUUGUAUUCAUCUUCUGGCCAUGAAACAUGGGUCUGUUUUUUCCUUGUGUAAGAGAGUAGCUUUACAUUUCAGUAUCUUUCUGAUAAAUGGUAUCAGUAAAACAUUGUUUACAGACAGCACUGAUCAUUGUGUCUCCUUUUUUGCAUUAGAAGUCAUGUGUGCAAUUGGACUCUGUUCUUUAUUUCUGAGGUCUUUCUUGACUAAGAGCUAUUAUAUUCUAUCU